UUGACGGUGUGCGCCCUCAGUUCACUUUGGAUUUCGUUGGUGAAGGACAAAAAUAACGAAGAGCAAAGACGAAAUAACCCCCAAAAAGAAAAAAUUUCGUUUCGAGAACUAAGAAAAACUGGAAGCAAAAAAUGUCUCCAAAAGCGAUAAAUGUUCGGGUCACGACGGCGGACGCGGUACUGGAGUUCGCGAUCCAGUCGACGGCGACGGGCAAACAAUUGUUUGACCAGGUGGUGACGACGAUCGGCCUGCGAGAGGUUUGGUUCUUCGGACUCCAGUACACCGACUCAAACAACGAGUCCACAUGGAUGAAGCUUUGCGACAAGGUGAUGAACCAGGACGUGAAGAAGGAGAACCCCUUGCAGUUCAGAUUCCGUGCCAAAUUCUAUCCCGAGGACGUGGCCGAAGAGCUGAUCCAGGACAUUACCCUGAGCCUGUUCUACCUGCAGGUGAAGAAUGCCAUACUGACUGACGAGAUCUACUGUCCGCCGGAGACAUCCGUGCUGCUCGCCUCGUACGCGGUGCAGGCGCGUCACGGUGACCACAAUAAGACCACCCACACAGCCGGAUUCCUGGCCAACGAUCGGCUGCUGCCGCAGCGUGUCAUCGACCAGAUCGAGAUGUCCAAGGACGAGUGGGAGCAGUCGAUCAUGACCUGGUGGCAGGAGCACCGAAACAUGCUGCGCGAGGACGCCAUGAUGGAGUAUCUGAAGAUUGCCCAGGAUCUGGAGAUGUAUGGCGUAAACUACUUUGAGAUCAGCAAUAAGAAGGGCACGGAUCUCUGGCUGGGCGUGGACGCGUUUUGUCUGAACAUUUACCUGAAGGACGACAAGCUGUCGCCGAAGAUCUGCAUCCUGUGGUCCGAGGUCCGUAGCAUCUCCUUCUUUUCGAAGAAGUUAACCAUCAAGCCGAUCGACAAAAAGGCGCCGGACCUUAUGUUCUAUGCGCCGUGCGCCCGCGUCAACAUGCGCAUCCUGGCCCUCUGCAUGGGCAACCACGAGCUGUACUUGCGUCGCCGCAAGCCGGACACCAUCGACGUGCAGCAGAUGAAGGUGCAGGCGCGCGAGGAGAAGAAUUUUAAACAGCAGGAGCGUAAGAAGCUGCAGCUGGCGCUGACUGCCUGCGAACGCGCUAAACAAAAACAGAAGGAGUACGAGGAUCGGCUGAAGCAGAUGCAGGAGGAGAAAAUGGCUGUGACGACAACGCCGCAGCACCAUCACGUGGCUGAAGACGAGGACGAGGACGAGCUGACCAACGGCGAAGUGUCGCACGACUUGGAGACCGUCGAGCACAUCAAGGACCCCAUCGAGGACAGACGCUCACUGGUGGAGCGCAACGAGCGCUUGCACGAUCAGCUCAGGGCCCUGAAAAAGUCUGUCUCUUUCGACGAGACAAAAGAGACGGCCAACGACAAGAUCCAUCGCGAGAACGUGCGCCAGGGACUUGACAAGUACAAUAUGCUCCGCGAGAUUCGCCAGGGUAACACAAUGCGUCUUGUCGAUCAGUUCCAGAACAUGUAAAGUUAUGCUUAAGCUGACGGCCAGAUCAAUAUUUUUCUUUAAUGUA